AUGACUACAUGCAGAGGUCCCAAAAUUAAGUUUGAAUUAAUGCAAUAAAAAAUGGACUCCUUUAGUUAAACCUAUGAUGAAGAUUAGAUAGAUUUAGUGUAAUAGCAUGGAGAGAGAAAAGUAAGUUUUGCAGAUUCCUCUAUAAUAUUUUUACAUUACUAAGAUGAAGAAAUAUUCAAUUUCAGAUCAAGACUAAAAGCUCAAAUAUAAUAAAAGCAAAUGGAGCCUUAAUAUUUAAAUCCAUCUUUGUGUUACUCAAGUUUUUAAAAUAAAAGGAAAUCAUGCUUCAAAGAAUUUGAGAUUCAGUUAGAUUGA